GGCUGCAAGGAGCGACAGAAGAAGACUGGAUCCGCCGUGUUCCAGGUCAACUGCACCGAGGUCGGCCUGGCGGUCUGGUGAAGCCCCAGCGACCGGGACGCCACCGCGAUAGCUCCCGGAGGAUUUUAAGCCCGGUUUCGUCCGGUCUCGGCGGCCGUGUAGGGCGCGAGCCCGCUACGGAGGACCGUCGCGCCGCAUCGGAGGCUACUGAAGACCGAGACCUCGGGACGCUCGGUAACCGCUACAACGGGGGUUUAGGAAAAACACCGAACUUGGGACACCGGCUCGAGAGGGCUGCAGGGCGGCCAAAAAAAAGAGCCACGGAUCGUUGUCAUCAUGGGCAACGCGCCCACGGCCAGGAAGGGCAGCGAGAUGGAAAGCGUCAAGGAGUUCCUUGCUAAAGCCAAAGAGGACUUUCUAAAGAAGUGGGAGAACCCCGCACAGAACACCGCUGGCCUUGAGCAGUUUGAGAGGUUGAAAACUCUCGGCACGGGCUCAUUUGGCCGAGUGAUGCUUGUGAAGCACAGAGAAACGGGACAGCAUUAUGCCAUGAAGAUCCUCAACAAGCAGAAGGUGGUCAAGCUCAAGCAAAUAGAGCACACUCUGAACGAGAAGAGGAUUCUUCAGGCUGUCAGCUUUCCUUUUCUGGUGCGGCUGGAGUACUCGUUUAAGGACAACACUAACCUCUACAUGGUGAUGGAGUAUGUACCAGGUGGAGAGAUGUUCUCUCAUCUACGGAGAAUUGGCAGAUUUAGUGAGCCUCACGCUCGGUUCUACGCUGCUCAGAUUGUUCUAACCUUUGAGUAUCUUCACGCGUUGGACCUGAUCUACAGAGACCUGAAACCUGAAAACCUGCUGAUAGACCAACAAGGCUACAUACAGGUCACAGAUUUUGGCUUCGCCAAACGUGUAAAGGGCCGGACCUGGACACUGUGUGGCACCCCAGAGUAUCUGGCCCCGGAGAUCAUUCUGAGCAAGGGGUAUAACAAGGCCGUGGACUGGUGGGCGCUGGGCGUACUGGUCUAUGAGAUGGCAGCAGGGUACCCGCCUUUCUUUGCUGACCAGCCCAUUCAGAUCUACGAAAAGAUCGUAUCAGGGAAGGUGCGUUUCCCAUCUCACUUCAGUUCAGACCUGAAGGACCUCUUGAGGAACCUGUUACAGGUGGAUCUAACAAAACGUUUCGGGAACCUGAAGAACGGGGUCAACGACAUCAAGGGACACAAAUGGUUUGCAACCACCGACUGGAUCGCCAUCUACCAGAAAAAGGUGGAGGCUCCCUUCGUCCCCAAGUUCAAAGGACCAGGCGACACCAGCAACUUUGACGACUACGAGGAGGAGGAGAUCCGCGUCUCCUUCAAUGAGAAAUGUGGCAAGGAGUUUGCGGAGUUCUAGCGUUAGAGAGCAAGAGAGGAAGAAAGAAGGAAGUAGGGAGAGCCAAAGGUAGGCUGGUCGAGUGGGAGACAUAAGGAGAGGGUGCUGUCUCCUGUCCAAUCACAAGCACCAGCUACAAGGAGGGAGGGAUAGAGAAGGGAAAAGAGACAGGAGACCGAUAACCAGCAGUGUUGCCUUUUCUGUUGCGUUUCUCUUGAAUUUUAUUUAUUAUUCUGUCUUAUUUAUGGUUCCCUUUAUCCUGAAGGUGGGCUUCAGAUCGAAGGGUGUUGGUUACACACCUACUUAGAGAUGCCUCUACACAUUUUCACCCGAGGUCUUCCCUUCUCUUUUUCAUUCAAUCCCUUUUGGGCCACAUCAAAGAGAAGUCAGUCCGUCUGCUCUAGUCUCCUGCGGCUUGUUGUUCAUCUCAUGAAGCCCAUAGAGUCCAUGAAGUUGAGGUCCACAUAAAGGUCUCUUGCAUUUCAGCUGAUCUCUCUCUCUCUCAUUUAAGAGAACAUUCAGAUGAAUCCCACUCGUACCUACUUAAAUUUCUCAUAUUCAAUCCUUUACCUUUUUCUAUUGUAGACAUCAUACCUUGAGUCACAUGAUUGGCCAAAAGAAAAACAUAAAAAUGAUGCAUUGUCUAAUCAAGCAACUUAGGGUAAGAGACAGAUGUAACUUCUGGGGGAAGAAGUCAGUUAAGUUUACUGUGUAACUCAAUCAUCGUUAGCAUAGCUAGGCUUUGUGCACUCAAGUUUUUAAAAUGUUACUAGAUACUGGUCGCUUCAAUUAUUUCAAGUUGCGCUAACAAAGGAAAUGGAUACGGGACCGUAAAUGUCUCAGUUUCGAUAGUGACAGCGACAGAAUAACAUAAUGGUAUCUCAGGUUUGAACAUAUCACUUAAUUAGACAUGUUAUCAUCAUAAAGCAUUAGGAUUAGCAGGUGAAGAACAUGUGUGAGACACUUGCGUCUGAUAUAGAUUUGCGGAUUUAAAGUUGUGUUUAGCACGAACAGGAACAAAAGGGAAUACAUUAUGACUUUUAGUUGGGCUAUUCCACAAUUUUCCCUUCCAGAGAAUUUGUUUUUGCUCACUGUGUUUGGUCUUAAAGCUCUUGCUGUCUCUGCUCACAGCUCAUUGGUUAGUCGAGCUGAUGCAGCAUUUUGUAUGAACCAUUUGGCCCCGGCCUGCUGCAGGUAGAAGAGACCAUCCGAGGCAGACUACCUCCAACUGCUUCUGGCUGGUGGUCACUGGAGCACUUUGAGCCUUGAGUCAUUGUAGGUGGUCUGGAUAGUGUGAUUCAUGGUCUUUAUAUACACCUGUGU